GCGCUCCUGACCGCCGCCGGCCACCAUGCGAGCCCAAAUCGAAGUGAUCCCGUGCAAGAUCUGCGGAGACAAGUCCUCGGGGAUCCACUACGGCGUUAUCACCUGCGAAGGCUGCAAGGGCUUUUUUCGGCGGAGCCAGCAGAACAACGCCAGCUACUCCUGCUCCCGGCAGAGGAACUGCCUGAUCGACCGCACCAACCGCAACCGCUGCCAGCACUGCCGCCUGCAGAAAUGCCUGGCGCUGGGCAUGUCCCGCGACGCGGUGAAGUUCGGCCGCAUGUCGAAGAAGCAGCGGGACAGUCUCUACGCCGAGGUGCAGAAGCACCAGCAGAGCCAGGAGCAGAGCAGUGGCACCAAGGAUGAGCCCGAGCCCCUGAGUCGUGUCUACACCACCAGCGUCAGCAGCGGCAUCUCGGACCUGGACGACAUCUCCACGCUGUCGGACGGGCUCCUCUUCGACUUCCCCCUCACCCCCGACGGCAGCAGCACCUACUACAACCUCGACCUGCUGGCCUCGGCGCAGCCCUCGCCUGACCAGUCCAGCCUGGAUGUGGCCGAUGCCACGCUCAUCAAGCAGGAGUCCAUCUACGAGCUGAUGCUGGAGCCGGCCCUCUUCGCGCACGGGGGGCUGGAGGGCGGCCAGUUGGCUGCUGACAUCUCCGUCCUCGAGAUCGACCGGGUGGCCCAGAACGUGGUGAAGUCGCACCUGGAGACGUGCCAGUACACGACGGAGGAGCUCAAGCGCCUGGCCUGGAGCCUCUACUCCCCCGAGGAGGUCCGCGCCUUGCAGAGCAAGAGCUGCGAGGCCAUGUGGCAGCAGUGCUCGCUGCAGAUCUCCAACGCCAUCCAGUACGUGGUGGAGUUCGCCAAGCGCAUCGAGGGCUUCAUGGAGCUCUGCCAGAACGACCAAAUCAUCCUCCUGAAAGCCGGUUGCCUGGAGGUGCUCCUGAUCCGCAUGAUCCGGGCGUUCAACCCCUUGAACAACACCGUCCUCUUCGAGGGCAAGUUCGGCGGCGUCCAGAUGUUCAAGUCGCUCGGUAAGAGCCGCUUCGCCGUCCUCGGGGACCCUCCUCUCCUCUCCUCUCCUCUCCUCUCCUCUCCACUCCACUCCACUACACUCCACUCCACCUCACUCCACUCCACCCCUGUUCCUUUAUUUCCAGAUCGUCCAUGGCUGACGGAGUCCAAGAAGGUGCAGAAGCUCCAGGACAAGAUCUACGUGGCCCUGCAGCACGAGAUCCAGAAGAAACACUCCGCCGAGGACAAGCUCUCGAAGAUGGUUUCCAAGCUGCCCUUGAUGAAGACCAUUUGCAACCUGCACUUGGACAAGCUGGAAUUUUUCCGCCUCCUGCACCCCGAGACCGCCAUGAACUUCCCACCCCUCUAUAAGGAGGUCUUCAACUCGGAGCUCCAGUACAGCGACCCACGGGAGAGCUAAGGCCGGGAGCCACCGCCCCCCUUCAAGUUCCCCAAAAUUGGGAGACGAACUCAACUUCCAAAGUUUGGGGCAGUUUAUUUAAAUCAAAUAAUCAAACUCAAGAGAAUCCGGGGCGGGGGGAGGGGAGGGCUGGGGUAUCUCCCCGGCCCCAUUUCCUCGCUGUGGAUUGCAAUAGCUCUUGAAUGUAAAGCACCUUGAAGGAAAAAGCGAAGGGACUUUGCCAUAACCAGUGACAUGAAUGUGAAACCUCCGCUGGGGACAGGAGAUGCUCCCGGCCGCGGAAAGGGACCGAUUCCUGCCCGUGGUGCAGGGAUCCAGGGGGGAGCACACCCCACGCACACGCCGCACGGCCCUUCCCACCGUCCUGGAUGCACUCUCCAUCCCUGAUUUUUAUUUUUUUAAAGAAUUAUUUUUCUUUCCUUUUUUUUCUUUUUUUUACCCAAACACAAGGCAUGGGAUAAUGAAGGGGCGAUGCUCAGACAGAUAGGGGCCAGCCGGGCCGGGGGGGGGCAGCUUUGGGGUCCCGGCUGGAGCUAAGGAGAGGAUGAAGUCUUUGCUUUAUUCCUUCUCCCAUGGGACACGGGGUGACAUCAGGACCUUGGCCAAGAAAGACCUGGCUGCGGUCGAGGGAGGAUUCAGCACAGCAUUUCCCUGCAGAGGAAGGUUGGUUAGAGGGGCAAGGAUGCCCGGCGCAGUGGGGCAGAAGCUCUGCAGGGUCUCCAUACCCUCUGUCAUGGCAUUUUCUCAAAUUCCUGGCCAAUUCCCCAUCCAGCUCGCCAACCACUUGGCUUGUCAGAGCCGAUUCAUCAGGUCUGCCUGUCCCGUGCCACCUUUCUGCCUCCCGAGCGCUUUCCGAAGAGGGGCUUUGUCCUUGUGACUGUGGCCAAAUCCCUGGUUGAGUUGGACCCAGGUUUUUUCCCCAUGAGGAGCUGGUUAGAACUGUUAUUUUGGGGUUGGUUUGCAAUUUACCAGGAACUGGGACCUUUUUAGGGAAAGAAACUGCCUGUUGGACUGAAGGGGAAGCGAAAGGUCCUUACUCCUUCCCCAGGAAGCCACGGUGUGGUCGGGACCUGCUGUUCCAAGUUUGGGAAGCUCAAAAGGCAAAGGAAGGGAUGGAUUUGUGGGGCGAUGCAGCGAUAGCCUGCAGCUGGCGGGGCUGCUCGAGGGACUCUCUGGUCAGAGAAGAAGGUUUUUCCGUCCCUGUUCCUGCAGCAAAUGCCAAAAGCUACAAGGGAAAACCCUGCUCUGAGCCAGCCCCACUUUCUGCUGACAAAGGGCUAAAAUCCCCAGUCCCUUCCCACUUGGUGUUGGUUUCUCGUGCGUCCAACCCCAUCCUCUGGCAGCUGGGAUCAUCCCUGACCUUCAAGUCCAUAACUGCACCCCUUAAAGUUAACGAGGAGCUGUCUCAGCGACGGGAGGGGAUAUCCACGCUGGUGGUUUAGAAGCCUCCCAGGGAAGACCAUGGACCAGCCUCGACCGGGGAGGACUCCCCAGGAAGGAUUUCUGCUUCGGUGUAAGGCAGAGAAAAACUCGGGUCCACGCUCUUCCCCGGCCGCUGCCCUCCAGCCCUGCGCUUUCUGGCUUUGCAAAAUCUGAACUGUUUCUGGGAGCACGUCGGAGUUUCCAGCCUUGGUUUUCCUCCCCCCCGGCGGCGUCGGAGCCCAGGUCUGUGUCACGGCCACGACGUCGAGUGCCAACGUGCCGCUCUCCGGCGCUGCGUUCGCCAGGGUGGGGAUGCUCCCAGCUCCUUCCCUGCCCUCCCAGAUCCUAAAGCUUGUGCGAGGCGAGAAGUCAGUGCUGCCUUUUUUCGUCUAGAGGGUUGUGCCUUUUUAUUUUUUUUCUAUUUUUUUUUCCUUUCAAAGCAUCAUUUCUGACAGCACCGGUCGCUUCCCGGCUCCUCUCUGCGGUGGGAAAAGCACUGGAAGAAAUUCAUGUGCUUUGCGGAGGGGGCUCUCGCCCUCCGUCGCUGCGGGACACCAGCACUCCCUUCCUCGGAGGAAACAGCUGCGGGUGUUUUGAAAUGGUUUUUUGGGGGGAAAAAAGAGAAAAAAAAAAAAAAA